AUGCGAUUGUUAGUUAAAAUAGCACUGGUUCUCUCCUUCAUUCAUUCAUUCUCUCUCUCUCUCUCUCUCUCUCUCUCUCUCUCUCUCUCUCUAUCUAUCUAUCUAUCUAUCUAUCUAGCUCUAUCUACCGUCCUCUUUAUCCCUGUCUCUCUCUCUCUCCAUCCUCCACCUCUUUUUCCUAGUCUCUUUCCCUUUCCCUGUCUCUUCCCCAUCCCUCUUCCUCUAUCGCUCGCUCUCGCACCCUUUUUCCUUCCAUCCUCCUCUAGUUCUGACGUAGGCGACCAUGGCUCUCCAUCUUUCUCUCCUUUUUUCUAUUCCAUCUUUCUCUCCCUUUUUCUCUUUCAUCUUUUUCUCCUUUUUUCUCUUUCAUCUUUCUCUCCUUUUUCUCUUUCAUCUUUUCUCCAUUUUUUUUCAUCUUUCUCUUUCUCUCCUUUUUUCUCUUUCAUCUUUCUCUCCUUUUUCUCUUUCAUCUUUCUCUCCUUUUUUCUCUUUCAUCUUUCUCUCCUUUUUCUCUUUCAUCUUUCUCUCCUUUUUUCUCUUUCAUCUUUCUCUCCUUUUUUUCUUUUUCUUUUCUCUCUUUUUUCUCUCAUCUUUUUUUCUCUCCCAUUUUCUCUCAUCUUUUUCUCUUUCAUCUUUCUCUUUUUUUCUUUUUCAUUUUCUCUUUUUUUCUUUUCAUCUUUUUCUCUCCCUUUUCUCUUUCAUCUUUUCUCUCCUUUUUCUUUCAUCUUUCUCUCCUUUCUCCUUUCUCCUUUUUCUUUCAUUUCAUCUUUUUCUUCCAUCUCCUUUUUCUCUUUCUUUUUCCUUUUUCUCUUUCAUCUUUCUCUCCUUUUUCUCUUUCAUCUUUCUCUCCUUUUUCUCUUUCAUCUUUUUCUCUUUUUUUCUCUUUCAUCUUUUUUUUUCUUUUUCAUCUUUCUCUCAUCUUUUCUUCUUUUCAUCUUUCAUCUUUCUUUUUCUCUUUCAUCUUUCUCUCCUUUUUUCUCAUUUCAUCUUUUUCUCUUUCUCUUUCAUCUUUUCUCUUUUUUUUUCUCUUUUCUUUCUUCCUUUUUCUCUUUCAUCUUUUUCUCCUUUUUUUCUUUUUUCAUCUUUCUCUCCUUUUUCUUUUUUUUUUUCUUUUUUUCUCUUUUCUCCUUUUUCUCUUCCAUCAUUCUCUCCCUUUUUCCCUUUCAUCUUUCUCUCUUUUUUGUCUUCCAUCUUUCUCUCCUUUUUUCUCUUUCAUCUUUCUCUCCUUUUUUUUCUUUCAUCUUUCUCUCCUUUUUUCUCUUUCAUCUUUCUCUCCUUUUUUCUCUUCCAUCAUUCUCUCCCUUUUUCCCUUUCAUCUUUCUCUCUUUUUUGUCUUCCAUCUUUCUCUCUUUUUUCUCUUUCAUCUUUCUCUCCUUUUUUCUUUUCUUUUUUUCUUUCCUUUUUUUCCUUUUCAUCUUUCUCUCUUUUUCUCUUUCAUCUUUUCUUUCUCCUUUUUCUCUUUUUCAUCUUUCUCUUUCUCUUUUCCCUUUCUUUUUUCUCUUUCAUCUCCUCCUUUUUCCUCUUUCAUCUUUCUCUCUUUUUCUUUUCAUCUUUCUCUCUUUUUCUCUUUCAUCUUUCUCUUUUUUCCCUUUCAUCAUUUCUCUUUCUUUUCAUCUUUUCUCCUUUUUUUUCCAUCUUUCUCUCCCUUUUUCCUCUUUUCAUCUUUCUCUCCUUUUUUCCCUUUCAUCUUCUCUCCCUUUUUUUCCUUUCAUCUUUUCUCCUUUUUCUUCUUUCAUCUUUCUCCAUCUUUCUCUCCUUUUUUCUUUCAUCCCCUUUUUUUCAUCUUUCUCUCUCUUUUCUCUUUCAUUUUUUCUCCUUUUUUUUUCUCUUUCAUCUUUCUCUCUUUUUUCUUUCCAUCUCUCAUUUCUCUCCUUUUUUCUCUUUCAUCUUUUCUCUUCUUUUUCUUUUUUUCAUCUUUCUCUCCUUUUUUUUCUCUUUUUCCCUUUCUUUCUCCUUUUUUCUUUCAUCUUCUUCUCCCUUUUUCUCUUUCGUCUUUCUCUCUCUUUUUCCUUUCCAUCAUUCCUUUUUUUUUUCUCUCCUUUCAUCUUCUCUUUUUCUCUUUCAUCAUCUUCUCUCUUUUUCUCUUUCCAUUUCUUUCUCUCCUUUUUUUUUCUCAUCUUCUCUUCUUUUUUCAUCUUUCUUCUUUUUCUCUCCUUUUUCUCUCUCUUUUUUCUCUCCUUUUUCCUUUUUUCAUUCUUUCCCUUUUUCCCUUUCAUCUUUCUCUCCUUUUUCUCUUUCAUCUUUUCUCCUUUUUUCUCAUUUUUCUUCUUUUCUCUUUCAUUUUUCUUUUCUUUUCAUCUUUUUCUCCCUUUUUCUCUUUUUCAUCUUUCUCUCUUUUUCUCUUUCAUCAUUUCUCUCCUUUUUUUUUAUCUUUCAUCUUUUUCUCUCCUUUUUUCUCUUUCAUCUUUUUUUUUCUCUUCUUUUUCUCCUUUUUUCUCUUUCAUCUUUUCUCUCCUUUUCCCUUUCCUUUCUCUCCUUUUUCCUUUCAUCUUUUUUUCUCUCCUUUUUCUCUUUCAUCUUUCUCUCCUUUUUUCUCUUUUUCUCUUUUCUCUCUCUUUUUCUCUCUUUAAUUCUUUCUCCCUUUUCUCUUUUCUCUCCCCUUUUUUCUCUUUUUCAUCUUUCCCUUCUUUUUCUCUUUCAUCUUUCUCCUUUUUUUUUUCUCUUUUUUUCAUCUUUCUCUUUUUUUUCUCUCUUUCAUCUUUUCUUUUCAUCUUUCUCUCUUUUUCUCUUUCAUCUCUCCUUUUUCUCUUUCAUCUUUCUCCUUUUCAUCUUUCUCUCUUUUUCUCUUUCUUUUUUCUUUUCAUUUUCUCCUCCUUUUCUCUUUUCUUUUUUUCUUUCAUCUUUCUUUCUCUUUCAUCUUUCUCUCCUUUUCUUUUUUCUCUUUCAUCUUUCUCCCCUUUUUCUUUCAUCUUUCAUCCUUUUUUCUUUUUCUUUCUCUCUCUUUUUUCCUUUCAUCUUUCUCUCCUUUUUUCUCUUUAUCUCCUCCUUUUCUCUUUCAUCCUUCUCUCCCUCUUUUCUUUCUUCUUUUUCUCUUUUCAUCUUUUCUCCUUUUCUUUCAUCUUUUCUUUUUUCUCUUUCAUCUUUCUCCCUUUUUCUCCUUUUCUCCUUUUUCUUUCAUCUUCUCUUUUUCUCCUCUCCUUUUUUUCAUCUUUCUCUCCUUUUUCUCUUUCAUCUUUCUCUCUUUUUUCCAUUUUCUCCUCUUUCCUUCUCUUUUUUUUUCUUUUCUCCUUUUUUUCAUCUUUUUUCUUUCAUCUUUUUUUUUUUCUCUUUCUUCUUUCUCCCCUUUUUCUCUUUCAUCUUUUCUCCUUUUCUCUUUUCUUUCUCUCCUUUUUCCUUUCAUCUUUUCUCCUUUUUCUCUUUCAUCUUUUUUUUCCUUUUCCAUCUUUCUCUCCUUUCAUCUUUCUCCUUUUUCUUUCUCUUCCUUUUUCUCUUCCAUCUUUUUCAUCUUUUCUCUUUUUCUUUUUCUCUUUUCAUCUUUUUUUUCUCUUUUUUUCUCUUUUUCUUUCUUUUCUUUUUCUCAUUCUCUCUUUCCUUUUUCUUUUUUCUUUUCAUCUUUCUCCCCUUUUUUCUUUCAUCUUUCAUCAUCAUUCUCUUUUUCUCUUUCAUCUUUCUCUCUUUUUUUCUUUUUCUUUUCUCCUUUUUUUUCUCCCCUUUUUCUCCUCUUUCAUCUCUUUCUUUUCUCUUUUUUUCUCUUUCAUCUUUCUCUUUUUUUGUCUUCAUCUUUCUCCUCUUUCUCUCCUUUUUCUCUUUCAUCUUUCUCUCCUUUUUCUUUCAUCUUUCUCUCGUUUCUCCUUUUUUUCUUUCAUCUUUCUCUCUUUUUUCUUUCUUUCAUCCCUUUCUCUCCUUUUUUCUCUUUCUCUUUUCUCCUUUUUUCUCUUUCUCUCUUUUUUCUUUUUCCUUUCUCUCUUUUUUUUCUAUCUUUUCUCCCUUUUUCUCUUUUCAUUCUCUCUCUUUUUCUCUUUCAUUUUCUCCCUUUUCUUUUCAUUUUCUCUCUUUCAUCUUUUUCUCCCUUUUUUUCUCUUUCAUCCCUUUUUCUCUUUUUUUCUUUUCUUCAUUUUCUCUCCUUUUUCUCUUUCUCUCCUUUUUUCAUCUUUCUCCCCUUUUUUCUCUUUCAUCUUUCUCUCCCUUUUCCUUUCAUUUUCUCCUUUUCCUUUCAUUUUUCUCUCCUUUUUUUCAUCUUUCUCUCUCUUUUUCUCUUUUUUUUCUCUUUUUCUCUUUUCUUUUCUUUCAUCUUUCUUUCUUUCUCUCCUUUUUUUUCUUUUCUCUCCUUUUUUUUCCUCUUUCAUCUUUCUCUCCCUUUUUUCUCUUUCUCUUUCUCUCCUUUUCUCUUUCAUCUUUUUCUCCUUUUUCUCUUUUCAUCUCUUUCUUUUUUCUUUUUCUCUUUCAUCUUUCUCUCCUUUUUCCCUUUCAUCUUUCUCCUUUUUUUUUCUUUCAUCUUUCCCCCUUUUUUUUUCUCUUUUCUCUUUUCUCUCUCUCUUUUUUUUUCAUCUUUCUCUCCCUUUUUUUCAUCUUUCUCCAUCUUUUUCAUCUUUCUCUCCUUUUUCUCUCUUCUCAUUUUUCUUUUCAUCUUUCUCCCCUUUUUUUCUCUUUCAUCUUUCUCUCUUUUUUCUCUCCUUUUUCUCUUUUCUGUCUUUUUCUCUUUCAUUUUUUCUCUCUUUUCUUAUUUCUCCUUUUUCUCUUUCCUUUCUCCUUUUUUUUUCAUCUUUCUCUUUUUUUCUCUUUCAUCUUUCUCUCCUUUCCUUUCUCUUUCUCUCCUUUUUUCUUUCAUCUUUCCUUUCAUCUUCUCUCUCCUUUUUUCUUUCUCUCCUUUUUCAUCUUUCAUCUUUUCUUUUUUUUCUCUUUUCAUCUUUUCUCUUUUUUUCUCUUUCAUCUUUCUCUCCUUUUUUCUCUUUCAUCUUUCUCCCCUUUUUUCUCUUUCAUCUUUCUCUCUUUUUCUCUUUCAUCUUUCUCUCCCUUUUUCCCUUUCAUCUUUCUCUCCUUUUUUCUCUUUCAUCUUUCUCUCCUUUUUUCUCUUUCAUCUUUCUCUCCUUUUUUCUCUUUCAUCUUUCUCUCCCUUUUUCUCUUUCAUCUUUCUCUCCUUUUUCUCUUUCAUCUUUCUCCUUUUUUUUUCUCUUUUCAUCUUUUCUUUUCUCUUUUUUUCUCUCUUUUCUCUCAUCUUUUCUCCUUUUUCCUUUCAUCUUUUCUCUUUUUUUUCAUCUUUCAUCUUUUUCUCUUUCUCCCUUUUUAUCUUUCAUCUUUCCCUUUUUCUCUUUCAUCUUUCUCUCUUUCCCUUUCUUUUUUUCUCUCCCUUUUUCUCUUUCAUCUUUCUCUCCUUUUUCUCUUUCAUCUUUCUCUCCUUUUUUCUCUUUCAUCUUUCUCCCCUUUUUUCUCUUUCAUCUUUCUCUCUCUUUUUCUCUUUCAUCUUUCUCUUUUUCCAUCAUUCUCUUUUUCUCUUUCAUCAUUCUUUUUUUUUUUUCUCUUUCAUCUUUCUCUCUCUUUUUUUCAAUUUUUCUCUCCUUUUUCUUUCAUCUUUCUCUCUUUUUUCUCUUUUCAUCAUUUUCUCUUUUCUCUUUUUCUCUUUCAUUUUUUUCCUCUUUCAUCUUUCUCUCCUUUUUUCUCUUUCAUCUUUCUCUUUUUUUUCAUCCUCUUUUUUCUUUUUUCUUUCUCUCCUUUCUCUUUCUCUUUCUCCUUUUUUCUCUUUCUUUUUCCAUCUUUUUUUCCCUUUUUUUUCUUUUCUUUCUUUCUCCCCUUUUUUCUUUUCUCUCUUUUCAUCUUUCUUUUCUCUUUUCCCUUUCAUUUCUCCUUUUUUUUUUUUUCAUCUCCUUUUCUCUUUCAUCUUUUUCUCUUUUCAUCUUUUUCUCCAUUUUUUCCUUUUUUCUCCUCUUUCAUCUUUCUCUCUCUUUUCUUUUCUCUUUUCAUCUUUCUCUUUUUCUCUUUCAUCUUUUCCCUUUUUUUUUUCAUCUUUCUCUUUUUCUCUUUCAUCUUUCUCCUUUCUUUUUUUUUUUCUCUUUCUUCUUUCUUUCUUUUCUCUUUUCUUUCAUUUUUCCUUUUUUUUCUCUUUCAUCUUUUCUCCCUUUUCCCUUUCAUCUUUCUCUCCUUUUUUUUCUCUUUCUCCUUUUCCUUUUUCUCUUUCUUUUUCUCUCUUUUUCCAUCAUUCUCCCUUUUUCUUUCAUCUUUCUCUUUCAUCUUUCUUUUUCUCUUUCAUCUUUUUCUCCUUUUUCUUUUUCUCCUUUUUCUCUUUUCCUUUUUUUUUUUUCUUUCAUUUUUCUCUCCUUUUUCUCUUUCAUCUUUUUCUCUUUUUCUUUUUCAUCUUUCACCUCCCUUUUUUUUUUCUCUUUCAUUUUUCUCUCCUUUUUCUCUUUUCUUUUCUUUUCAUCUUUUCUCCUUUCUCUUUUUUUCAUCUUUCUCUCUUUUUCUUUCAUUUUUCUCUUUCAUCUUUCUCCUUUUUUUCGUCUUUUCUUUUUUUCUCUUUUUUCUCUUUCAUCUUUCUCCCCUUUUUUCUCUUUCAUCUUUCUCUCUCUUUUUCUCUUUCAUUUUUCUCUCCUUUUUUCUCUUUCAUCUUUCUCUUCUUUUUUCUUUUCCAUCUUUCUCUCCCUUUUUCUCUUUCAUCUUUCUCUCCUUUUUCUUUUUUCUCAUCUUUCUCUCUUUUCAUCUUUUUUCUCUCUUUUUUCUCUUUUCAUUUUCUCUUUCAUCUUUCCUUUUUUCUCUUUCAUCUUCUCUCCUGUUUCUUUUUCUUUUCAUCUGUUUUUUUUUCUUUUCUUAUCUUUUCCCUCUUUUUUCUCUUUUUCUCUUUUUUUCUUUUUUCUCCCUUUUUCUUUUGACCCUUUUUUCUCUUUCUGUCCCUUUUUCCUUUCAUCUUUUCUCCUUUUUUUCCAUCUUUCUCUUCCAUUUUUUCUAUCUCAUCUUUCUCUUCUCUCCUUUUUCUAUUUUCUCCCUUUCUUUUUGUUUUUCUCCCUUUUUCUCAUUUCUUUUUCUCUCCCUUUUUUUUCCCAUUUUUAUCCAUUCUCCGCUCUUUGUCUCUCCCGUCAUUUUCUUUUUCCUUUCUUUUUUUUAUUUUGGCUUUCUCCCCCCAUCUUUCUAUCAUUUUUUUCCUUGCAUCUUUUCCCCUUCCUUUUGAUUUUUCUCUUUCCCCUCUCUUCUUUCUUUAAUUACUUUCCUUCGUUUUAUUCUUCUUUUCAUCUUUCUUUCUUUUUUUUUUCUUUUUUUUUUCUCUUUUUUUUUCUCUCUUUUUUUCCUUUUCAUUAUUUAUUUAUUUUUCAUUUUCUUUCUUUUCUUUCUCUGCUCUCUUUUCCUUCUUUCAUCAAUUCUUUUUUUCUUUUUUCUUUUUUAUUUCUUUCUCUCCUUUUUUCUAUUUUUUCCUUUUUUCUCUUUCAUUAUUUUAUUUUACUUCCUUCUUUUUCUUUUUUUCCUUCAUUUUCUUUUUUUUUCAUUCCUUUUUCUUUUUUCUGUCUUUUUAUUUUCUUUUCUCUUUUUCCAUUGUCGCCCUUUUCUCCCAUUACACAUUCUUUUUGA